CACUCCGACACUUGCUUCUUGAAUAGCAAAAAUUUUAAGCUUUAACCAGAAUGAAUCAUACCAGUCUGAAUAGAAGGCUGCUUCAAGCAGACCUCUAUGCAGUAGACAACACUUUCUCACCAGACACCGCCUCAAGAAGUCCCAUUAAUGGCUCCUCAACCACCAUAAAAAGACCCUUUAGAGCAACCACACCUUUCGACUUCUCCAUGGCCUUAACUGUUCUCGUUCUACUCGCCGUCGUUUUCUUUAUGGGCUUCUUCUCUGUUUACAUCCGCUUCUUCACCGCCGACGAUUCUUCUUCGUCGUCCUCCGACAACGUUACACCCCCGACAUCAAACAAACACAAGGGUCUCGACCCCUCUGCAAUGAAAUCACUCCCUCUUGUUCCCUGCGGUGUGUCCGCGAAGCACCAGAUAAUUGAAGACUGCCCAAUCUGCUUGAGCGAGUUUGAAGAAACGGAAAUUGUUAAGUUAAUCCCCUAUUGUAGGCACGUGUUUCAUCCAAGGUGUGUUGACACGUGGCUGUCCUCGCACGUGACGUGUCCUGUCUGUCGGUCCACUCAGAUGUUCAAUAGAGUUGAGGAGGUUUGUUUGGAUGUGAAGCAGGAGAAACUUGACAUUGGUGUGAGUGAGAUCGGUGAGAGAUCAACGGUGAUUAAUGGUGACACCUUUAGAGAUGAAGAUAUUGUGCCUGUAAGAAGGACAAGUUAUUGUUCUAGUUCGGCCAACCAUGCUCUAUAG